GCCUUCCCUCGGGGGUCUCUCGCCAGAGACUGCUCUUCUCGCCGACCGAGGUGGCUCCGAGAGCGAGUUUUUUCGUUCUCGCUCAAUUUUUAACAAGAAAUUUUUUCAUAGUGUUCAUGGACAUUCGGCCCAGCCGGCCUCGCAAAACGCACUGCCCAUCUGCAUCGACUCUGCGGGAAUGGACUGGGUACCGCAACCACACAGCCCCGUGCGAUGGGAGCGGGCUCACGGAGGUACGCCCUGUCGCUCUCGCGGCGAUCCUGCGUACUCGCUUCGCCCUGGUACUGCCAUAGCACUGCUGCCCUGACGAAGGUGCCCCGCGUCUUCAACCGGAUCAUAGGCAACAUCCCUGCCAAUGCCGUGCCUGGCGGAUUCGAGGUUGACGGAAGGCCGCUCUUCAUCGCACGGGCCGAUAUUUUUGGCGGCUUGCACCCGGGCAAGUGCGGUGCCCAUCUGAAGGGUGCGACGGUCUCUUACGGCGACCUCGAGUAUCAUGUGGUCGACUAUGAUGUUCUGGUCGCCGACGGCAACUUUGCCGACCACUUCAUCUGGGUCGUGUGCACCGGCGAGUUCAAUCCCGGCCCUUCGGGCGGCACCGAGCCCGAAUACAUGAUUGCCGGAUACGAAGCCGGGACAUAUGGAGCGCCUCGCUACAUCAUCCAAGGCAAACACGAGGGCGGUGUUCAUCCGGGCAAAGCAGGUCCUGGCCUUCCCUGCGGCCUCAUCCCGUAUGGCGACAAGGAGGUCUACUGCAAAACCUACAGGGCACUCAAACGCAUAUUCCCGCCGGCAUGAAAACGAAGCAGCCGCAGGCUCGCUGGCGAUCGACUGUCCGGCACAAACGACGCUGCGAGCCGAUGC